AUGAGUUUAUUUGUUGAUUUACGACAGAUCAAGUCUUCAGUGACGAAUCUAUCUGAAAUGGUGGACAAGAUAUCAAGUUCAGCUUUCAAAGAGAAGUCGAAAAAUGACUGUAUGAAAAAUGUUGGUAGUUCAUCUUAUAGCGGAUCCAUUUACAAGCCGACAACUUUAGGGUUUGGUGUACGGUUUUCACAAAGUCAAGAAAGCGUUUAUCAAAAUAUGCCGUCAUCACGACUUCGAAGUCACAUGUCGCUGCCAAACUUGGGUAAAGAGGAUGAGGAAAUUGAUAAAUCGUCUAACGGUCAACAAGAUGAACAUCCAAAGAUAGUAGAAAUAGACAACGAUAGUGCAAGUUACUGUAACAGUAAUAAACCAGUGUUACAAAUAUCUACCGACAAUAUUAAUGACUGGAUAUUAGCUUCGUUGAAGAAGCGCCCACAUUUCGAUGAUAGCGGAGAGACUCACCCAAUGGACUUCUUAGAGAACGUUAAAUACUUUAUUUUCGAAUUAAAUAUUGUAAGUGACAAGCAACUACCUUUUAUUAUAUCUUGCCUCGAAGGCAUACCUCUAAUGUGGGCUCGUUGUUUUAGAAAUGAAUUUAAGGAUAUUGAAAACUUUUAUGAUGCUUUCGAGAAAGAAUUUUGGGGUCCUGACCGGCAGAAAUUGAUACUUUACGAUAUGAAACUCGGUAAAUACGACGCGGAAAAGUCACGAAUGAGUAUGUCUGAGUACUUUUUGCACAAAGUUACUAAUUAUAAGCAUCUGACUCCGCCGCCGUCCGACUUAGAGAUCAUCUAUUCGUUGGCAGCUCACUUCCCCUCAGCUGUGGAGCUUGAAAUGAGGGCCCUUCACGAAAGCGAUGGAAACUGGACGGAAAGUGAUUGUGCCGAGGCGCGACGCAGCGGUGCAUUGUGGAGCGCACAGGCGCGCGUCUGUCGCCGGCAGCCGGGCGCCAUGCCCCACGUGGUGGCCGCCGCGCGUAUCGCACGGACCACUUGUCUAAACACACACGCUGGUGAAAGAUGGAACUGCUCCUCCAUCGAGCUGGCACCCAAGUUCACACCGGAUCUGUUAACAGGCACACGUGAACAAGCGUAUGUGUACGCGAUGUCGGCGGCGGCGUUGUCGUGGUCGGUGGCGCGUGCUUGUGCGGCGGGCGCGCUAGCGGCGUGCUCGUGUGCCGCGGCGCCUCGCGCCCCGCCGCGCCCGCCCCGCGAGGCCGCGCCACCUGAGCCGCACGCUCGCUUCAAAUGGGGCGGUUGCGGCGAUAACUUUCAAUGGGCUGAAAGAUUUGCCAAACAAUUUCUUGAUGCUCACGAAAUCGACGUUAGGGACGGAAAGAUCGAAAAUAUUAUCGAAUUGGAAACUACGACGACUGAAAAGCUAACUACCACGACCACGAUAGAGACGACCACAGCGCCACCUGUGGUAAUACUAGUAGAUGACCAACCGGCACCGGCAAAUAUUACUGCCACGCCAAGACCUAGAAAAGGACGACGUGGCCGAAAAAGACUGCCAAGAUCUCCGAGACGGGGCAGACCCACGAGAAAACGAUUUAGAUCCAGGUACGAAUACGACGACAGAGGAUCACGCCACCGCAAUAUCGAGUACCGCAUGGCGGCUGACGACCCGCGUUUCGACCCGCAAGUGGACCUGCGCACACGGCUUGAGACACUGCGCCCCCUUAUCGCCUCUGCCAACUUGAUGAACGCACGCUUUGGAAGAAAGGUGGUGUCGAGCGGCAUGCGCACCAAGUGCACGUGCCACGGCGUGUCGGGGUCGUGCUCGGUGCGCACGUGCUGGCGCGCGCUACCGCCACUGGCGCGCGUGGGCGCGGCACUGGCGGGCGAGGCGGCGCGCGCCGGCCCGCUGCGCGCGCACCCGCGCCGCCGCGCCCGCCAGCGCGUGCGCUUGCGCUACGUCACGCCCAGCCCCGACUACUGCGAGCCCGAGCCUGCUGCCGGCUCGCCCGGCACGCAUGGCAGGUAA